CUAGAUACCCGUUGCGAAUGUCACUCUCCUCCUCGUGAAUGAUUUGUGCUGCACAGACUGCUCAGAUGGCUGAGGAGCGGAUUGAUGGAGAUUCAUCUUUGAGGUCACACAGGUCGAGGUGGACUGAAUGGUCUUGGAGUGUUUUCCAUCUCUGCAACUGCUCGUUGCUUGCUGUCCACAUCCUUUAGUAGCUCCGGCUGACCUGCAUGGCUGCCCUGAGGCUUUCUUACACCAAGGAGCCACAUGUUGCAUGCCCAAUGUGGUACGCACGAUGUUCAAGGCCCUGGGCACGCUCUCGCCUGAAGAUUUGCUACCGCAAAUUCCAGCGGAAGACUCCUACUACAAGACCUUGAUCGCCAUCGGUGGCCUCAUGCGAACCUACGUCAUCGAUUCCGAUCAUCAGCUGAUGGAAGCGUGGAAGUUGUAUGCUUUGGCUAUGGCCCGUGUGGCCAUUAUGGAGGUGGAUCCAAUUAAAGACGAUUUCUUGAGGAUGCAACACGUGGAGGACUCACAGUUCUUGCUGCAAAAAGCCGUCCACAGCAGUCGCAAGCUUUUGCGUGCCAUGUUUCGCUUGGAGAGUUUCCACAUCUUCCUGUUGGGACACACAGCGGCUGCCCACAGAGUGAAGAUGCAGGAUCUGAGUUUCGAGUUCAUCCGACCCAACUUUCAGCCAGCACUGGAGCUCUAUGAGAUUGGGAUGAACACCUUUGACUUGCUGGCCUUUAGUAUCAUCCCCAACUUGGAAGCCAUGAUUCGCAAGCCCCAAGGCCGUGGUUUCUCCUUGAAGCAGUCUCAACGGAAGUUAAAUCAGACAGCCGAAGAAGUGGCACUGCUAGCUGUGAGCCUGGGAAAUUGGGCCAAGACAGGUUUCUUGACCAUUUGGAGCAUCUUGCAGCAACGCUCCAGUCCCCUGCGGAUUUUCAUCUUGGGAGAUCCUCCUGGGCUGUUGGAAUGGCAGAAGGCUGCGACAGAGCUCAGCGAACAGGAGGACCAUGAAAUGUUGAAAGGCGUGUCCUUUGAGUACAUUGAUUUCGAGAAGCAUCCCAAGUUCAUUGAAUAUUUGCAGCAGCAUCCCCACCAGGAUUGCAGUUUUGGUGCAGCGGGGAAGGCCAUCUUGGCGCGGGCAGUGUGCCACUUAGUUUUACCUCCGCAGAUCAGCAAAAUCAUCUCCAUGGACCUUGGAGAUGUCUUGGUCUUCGACGACCUCAGGAGUUUGUGGCAGCAGUUCCAGCAUAUGGAAGAUCACCACGUGUUGGCCGCAUCUCACGCCGUGGCCCUGAGCCACAUCAACGCGGGCGUCGUGCUGUACCACGUGGAGCGCAUGCGUUUGGUCGGCUUCGAGAGACUGGCGCUCCGAGCGGUGGAGGAUAUGCAGCGCUGGAAAGCCGACAGCACAUGCCUCCGGGACCAGUCCAUCAUCAACAUUCUGCAUUCCUUCAGGAGCGAAUUCGGAUAUCUGGGACCAAGUCCGGUCAUGAUCUUGCCCUGCAGAUGGUCAGUGUUUCCCACCACCGAGUGGCUUUCCUAUUGGAACAGCCCUGAGAUGUGGAUGCCCGAGCUGCGAAGGAAGCAGCGUUACCCUGGCAUUGUCUCGGUGACCCGUGUGGAAGUCUUCUGUCCCGACGAGAUGGACAUUUUCUCCGCUUGGGCCUUUCUUCCCAUGACGGACGACCCCAGCCGCCACCAACGGCUGCGCGCCUACAGUCUCCACGAGGGUCACAAGAAGGAACGCUACUGCUCGGCCGAUCGAACACAGAGUCGUUGUUGCGCCUGUGGAGAGCCUGUGUCUUUGCUUCACAUUGCGGGUGACAUGAAGAAUUGGCCUGCGAUGCAAGCGUUGCUUCGGGCCUACUUACCACCCUUCAAGGACCCCCCGCGGUUCGGAGGCUUCGAGGACGCCUUGUCGCGCGAGUGGACGGGCGGCGAAGAACGCUUGCAGGAGAUCCAAAGAGAAACCACUGAGACCGCCGUUCUGGCCGCGAAGAUGAUGGGUUUGCAGGCUUUGUUUGGUCACUGCGCCACCUUGAAAUGCCAGGCCUCACGAGCUAGUCACCUUGACUAUGUGCUGGUGCCCUUGCAGAAGCUCUCUUUGCCGGUGAAGCUAGAGGUGGAGACAACUGCCCUCAGCGAUGCGCAUCUUCUGCUGGGCAUUGAGUCGCAUUCAGGACUGGAGCUGGUGAUCAAUGGCGGAGUUGAGAAGGCCUCCUGCCUCCGCUGGGUCCGCAGCGCUCCAGGCUCUGCGACGGCGGAGGCCUGGAGCAUUAGGCGCGAGAUCAUGUGCAUCCCACGUGACGUGGCCAUGGUGAGCGAUGGGGAAGGCGGCACGUGGAUGAGGUUCUCUUUGUUCGUAGGUUCUGAAGAAGGUCUCAUCAUAGUGACGGACGGAGCACAAUGGGGCAACUACCUUCCAGAGGAGCCUCUGAAGAUCCUGAAGUCUAGAAACGAUCUGACCAUCAGCGUAGGCACCUUCUACAACUACGAGAGCCGAUGGUCUGUUUGCUUGGGCGAUGCGGCGCUGAAAUCCACGGAAUUCAUGAAGAGUGCGGCGGCCAAUCGACAAGUGCAGGUGCGCUGCUGCGCGACAAGCGACAGCCGCGACGCUAGAGAGAUGCGCUGGGCGCCGGUGCUGGCUCCAUUGCCCUGGGCACAGCUGGCGCGGCGGCGGGCGCAGCUCGGUUUUUUUCAGCAGAUUUCAGCAGCCAAAACAUACCCAUAG